AUGCAGUUCAACAUCUCCGCCGUUCUGGCCUUGCUGCUGUUCCUUCUCACUGGCACCUCUCUGGCUGGCGAUGGCUGCUACUCGCAAGGCACCACUUGGGCCGACCUAGGAGAUGAUGCCGCUAUCUCUGAUGCAUUUAACCGCCUCUGCGACAGGAUGGCCGGAGAAUACAAACUCCACGACAACAUCCGUAACUGCGUCAACGUCAAUGGCCACCACAUCGACGCCGCCAUCUGGCCCUCAUCGGGCGACACCCACAACUACAAUCACGUUACGCUCUCUUCGGGGGGAUGCGUUGAUUACAUGAACCAGAUCAAGAGCCGUUGCCCCGACCACGGUGGUGAGAUAGACAACCUCGAAACCAACCCUGCUUCCGACGGAGGCGACUACAUCAAGUCCCUGGUCAUGGCUGAUCCUGAGGAUGGCACCAAGAACCAAUGCUAG